AUGAUUUGUAAAUCUAUUCAGCUUUUACAUAAUAUCUUUAAUUUACUUAAUUGGCUACCAGAUCCUAUUCCUUCUAUAGUGGAUAAAGAUUAUUAUGGUAAAUUUCAAAUAGCAUAUCAGUCAGAAACAAUAGAGCAGUAUUGUCUAAAACUUAUAUCAACAAUUACAAGUAGUAAAUGGAUGCAAUCAUCCAUUUUAGUAAAUAUCUGUGUUCAUAAAUUUAUUCAAUAUUUUCAAUGUGGGAAAACACGUUAUUUAUAUAGUGAACAUGCAUUAUCAGCAGAAGAUAAAAUAGUAUGCCAGAUUAUCAUAGAUAAGUAG